GUCGCAUUAAGGAUAAAGAUUCUUGAAUGCUAAUGAAUGCUAGAAGGGUCAUGGAUUCUGUGCGCUGUUACAAGGAGAUCAGGGAGGAGACAAGCCACACGGAUAAAAACGCAUGGAAAUGCUCUCUUUCUCAUCUUUAUUUUGGGAAUUGGCGGAAGCUUUCAGUCCGGAUACCACAUCACUGGACUGAGUUCUCCUUCACCGUUCAUACAGCGCUUCAUCAACAGUAGCUGGUAUGAGAGAUAUGCGGCACCACCACCUGGACGCACCGUCACCAUCAUCUGGUCCCUCAUCGUGUCCAUGUACGCCGUGGGUGGGCUCUUUGGUGCUGUCAGCGUCAAGUGCUUCUCAGGCCUGCUGGGAAGAAAAAAAGCAGUGAUCUGCAACAGCAUCAUUGCCAUUGUUGGCGCUGGGAUCAUGUUGACAAGUAAAUGGGCCAAGUCUUAUGAGAUGAUCAUCGUGGCAAGAAUGGUGACUGGCUACUCAGCCGGUUUGGGAGUGAGCAUGCAUCUCAUGUACCUUGGUGAGAUUUCACCGAGGAAGUUAAGAGGCAUUGUCACCAUGACCUCAGCGACCUUUGGGUCUCUUGGCAAGCUGUUGGCACAGUUUCUUGGACUCAGUGAGCUCCUUGGGCGUGAGGAGCUGUGGAACAUCAUCCUCUGUUUCCCUGCGUGUCUUUCGGUGGUCCAGGUCAUGGUGUUGCCUUUUCUUCCUGAGGCUCCCAGAUAUCUAUUCAUCGAGAAAGGAGAGGACAAAGCCUGCAAAAAAGCUCUACAGAGUCUGUGGGGCCAAGGUGAUUACACACAGGAGAUGGAGGAGAUGUUAGCUGAGCAGGCAGCGAUUGAGUUGGCCCCCCCCAAAAGUCCUCUGCUGCUCAUGCAGGAUCGAACAGUCCGAUGGCAGCGCAUCACCAUGUCCAUCAUCUACAUCUGCAACCAGCUAUCAGGCAUGUCCAUGAUCAGCACUUUUGCUUUUGACAUCUUUUGGAGAGCAGGAAUCCCAAAGGAUCAAAUCCGCUACAUCACUCUUGGGCUUGGAGUAACAGAAAUCAUCACAUCUAUCUCCUGUGGUUUGCUGAUCGAGCAUGCAGGGAGGAGGCCACUGUUCUGGGGGGGUUAUGGCGUCAUGUCUGCAUGCUGGGUGUUCGUUACUGUCAUGCUCAACCUGAAGGAUUGUAGCUCUUGGUCUCCAUACGUUACUGCUGGUUUGAUCGUCCUCUUCAUCAUCUGCUUCUGUGGAGGGCCUGGGGGCGCGUCGGGCACUCUGAACAGCGAGAUCUUCAUCCAGUCCAAUCGAGUGGCUGCUUUUGUUCUCGUAGGGAUCCAACGUUGGUCCGUACUAGCCAUGCUGGGCCUUGUCUUUCCAUUUCUUAUUGAUGCGCUCGACUCGUACUGCUUUGUCAUCUUUGCCUGCAUGUGCAUGCUGGGUUGUCUUUACAUGUUCUUUUUCCUGCCUGAGACAAAAGGGAAGACGCUGCUGGAGAUUGCUGAUGAGUUUAAAGCCAUCACCGUCUGUGGGAAAUCUUUUCUAGAUGACAGCAGACUGGAGACUCGGUUAUAGGAUGUGCUGCAUCUAUAAUGGUCGUGUAAAUGUGGCUGAACACACGAAUGACCGAUCACACUG